AUGGAAGUUUCCACGAGCUACAUGCUUGUUCCCGUCCUGGGAUUGUUAGGCUAUGUCAUUUACUGCUUUUAUAAUUUGUUGGAGAUGUAUUGGUUGAAGCCAAAGAGGCUUGAGAAAUGUCUCAGGAAACAAGGCUACAAAGGCAGUCCCUAUAGGCUCCGAGGAGACCCGUAUGAGAAAAAGUUGAUCGGGGAAGCUGUAUCCAAGCCUAUUGGACUUAAUGAAAAUAUAGUAAAACGCACCAUGCCCCAUCUUAUCAACACUGUCCAAACUCACGGAAAAAAAUGUUUCUAUUGGAAUGGAAGAUUUCCAAGAGUGAUUGUGACAGAUCCAGAACUAAUCAAAGAAGUCAUGAAUAGGUACAGCGUGUUUCACAAAAAUUUCCAAAAUUAUGAUCCAAUUGCCAGAAUCCUUUUCUCUGGACUCGGCGCCUUAGAAGGGGAGCCAUGGGUCAAGCGCAGAAGGAUCCUCGGCCGUGCUUUCCACGUUGAGAAAUUAAAGCUUAUGCUGCCUGCAUUUCAUAUCAGCUGCGUGGAGAUGUUGAGCAGAUGGGAGAGUAUGGUAUCCGGGAAGGGUUCAAUGGAGGUGGAAGUGUGGCGAGAAAUUAAGGAUUUAACAGGAGAGAUGCUCUCAAGAACACUCUUUGGGACUAGGUUUGCAGAAGCACAAAGAAUCCUGGAGAUAAUCAACGAAAUUGCCGCCCUUACUAUGGACGCCAUUAGUUCAACUUACAUUCCAGGAUUGAGGUUUCUGCCAACCAAGAGAAACAGUAGGUUAAGAGCAUUGGACAGAGAACUAAGAGGUAGAGUACAAGUAAUCAUUGACCAAAAGAGAAAGGCAAUAAUAGCAGGAGAAGCAUCUGGUGAUGACUUCUUGGGUAUAUUGGUGGAAUCCAACUUGAAUGCGCUAAAGGGCAACAACAAAGGCGAGGUACUGACUGAUCAAGAUGUCAUAACUGAGAGCAGACUGUUCUUUUUUGGCGGGCAGGAAACCGGCACAAACCUGAUUGUGUGGACGAUGUUCCUCCUGAGUAGAUUCCCUGAUUGGCAGCAACGUGCUAGGGAAGAAAUUUUUCAAGUUUUUGGGGACAAAAUGCCGACCUAUGAUGGUCUAAACGGCCUAAAAACUGUAACAAUGAUCUUGAACGAGGUUCUACGAUUAUAUUGCCUAGUACCCGAGGUCUCAAGAGUUAGUGCUGAAGACACAACACUUGGGGAGGAUUUCAUUCCAGAAGGAGUGGAAUUUCAAAUGCCACAAGUAUUGGUCCACUAUGACCCUGAAUACUGGGGUGAUGAUGUUCUGGAAUUCAAGCCAGAGAGAUUCGCCGAGGGGAUAUCAAGGGCAACAAAAGCCCAAGGCGCCUACUUCCCCUUCACCUUGGGGGUACGAGUCUGCAUUGGGGAUAACUUUGUACUCUUGGAGGCAAAAAUGGCGAUGUCGCUAAUUCUACGAAGUUUUGCCCUUGAGCUCUCUCCAUCCUAUGUCCAUGCACCGAUUAAUCGUAUCACUACAAAUCCUCAAUAUGGUGUUCAUUUAAUCUUGCGCAAACUCUAG